UUUCUCAACCCUUUUGACUUUUUGGAGCUUUUGACCAUCGUUUCAUCAUCACCGCUGAUCUCUUCGCGUCUUCCCCUGUCGAAGACUGAAGAGUGAAGAAGAAAAAGAGGAAACAGCGAUAGAGAUGGCUUUGCUUGGCGAUGACGGGAAAGGCUACGAGCUGGCCAGGAAGCUCGAGUCUUGCGGCGUCUGGCGCGCUUGGCUCGGUGAUUCUCUCUACUCAGGUUUUGCUCAUUUUCUCUCUUCUUCGUCCUCGUGGGAAUCCUUCAUGCGUGUCGAUGACUCCAAAUCUAGGGCUCAGAUCCAGCUCCAGCUCCGGGCUCGUGCUCUCUUGUUCGACAAAGCCACCGUCUCUCUCUUCCUUCGAUCCAACCAUAAUCCUAACCCUAGCACUUCGUCGUCGUUCUCCGCCUCUUGUUCUCUUGCUGUUUCGAGGCUAAACAAUAAUUAUUUGCGGCUGCACGGCGACGACGUCUACUUCACGCUGGAGAAUGGUCCAUUAAACGGGGUACAGCAGCGGGAAGGCGGUUUACAGUCUAAUACAACGUCUUCCAAGGUUCAAUCCAGGUCAACUUUUAGCAGUGGACCAAGAUAUGAUGAAUCUGAAUUUGAUAAUUUAUCCCAGAGAUACAGGACUAAUGAACUGCCAGAAACAUGGUAUAAUCAGUUCAUUGAGCAUUAUAGAGUUAGCAGACCAUACAGACUGUCACAUGGAGACCGAGAAUCCGAUAAGCGCACGCCUGAGGACAUGUCUGCUUAUCUCAGGCAUGUUGAAAAGCAUAAGAGAAGGCGUAUAGCAUUUCAGGAGGAUCAAUCAGGCUUUGGAAAUUCUGUCCUGGAGAAUAGAUCGGGAACACAACCAAGUUCUACUUUAGAUGGCAAUAAUUCAGAUGAUGAUGUGCCAUUUUUACCUGAAACGAUGUUUACAAUGAAUUGUGUACCUGAUAGUGCCCUUCCAUCAAUAACUAGAGCACAAGAUAACCGGAAAGUUGAAUUUUAUGGAGUUCUUGAUACCCUACCGCAGGUUACAACCAAGAGUCCUGUUAUGAUUGAGAGGCUUGGUAUAAUGCCUGAGUACCUUAGCAUGGAACAGAGGGGAAGUCUACGUCGUGGGAAAACUGACAGGAGAAGCCUCAGUGAAGAGCAAGCAUUGCAGAUGUCUCAAAAAGUAAUGGUUCGCAUGCUGAAUAGUGCAGGAUUUGAAAGUACAACUGAGGUUCCCCUGGAAGUUUUAUCGCAGCUGCUUAGCCAUCAUCUUUGUAAACUAGGACGCAUCUUGAAAGUUCUCACUGAUAGUUACAGAAAGCAGUGUUCGGCAAUUGAACUUCUAAAGAUGUUUCUUCAAACAGCAGGAUAUAGCAAUUUUGGAGUCUUGGCGGAUCUUGUUAAGGAUAAUACCAGUAUCUUUUCUCAGCAAGCUCAUCAACAAGCAAAUGCAAUCCAGUCAGCAAUGCAGUCACAGCACCAGAAUCCUCUUCGACUAGCCCAACAAAUGCCAAGACAAAUGCAUCCACAGAUGCAGCAAAUGGUGCAGCUUCCAACUUUGACUAUGCAGCAGAGGCAACAGUUAGAAAGAUUUUGUAGACGUCAAGCUUCUGCUUCUCACCCUGCUAUGGAUAUUGAUAAAGAUCGGCCUUUGGUACAGGUCAAGCUUGAAGCAUCAGAAUUGCCGUUGGAUGGUAACGCAUUCAACGCUAUAAAUAACAGCCAUCAACAAAUGCAGUUCCAGCAGCAGCAAAUUGCUGUAAUGUCAAAUCUCCAUGCUGCCCAAUCCAGUAGCCAGUUUAGGCAGCUGGCAUCUAUGCAAAUUCCUCAAAUGCAGACACAGAACAUGAGCAUUGUUAGGGCUCCGCCAGUGAAGGUUGAAGGGUUUCAGGAGUUGAUGGGCGGAGACCAUUCGUUGAAGCAUGACUCAGAAGAGAAUAAGCUGGCCUCUUCCUCUGGUAAAUAGUUAUACGACUAAUUGUUUAUGAUAUGUAUCCGACCUAGAUUAUACUGACCUAGGGAGUUUAAUGGCAAUUGUCCGUUAUUUUUGUUGUUCAUUCUCUAAUUUAGUCGUACAACAAUGACUGCAACUGCGAAAUGGGUCACAAAGUCCGUGUCUUGCAAAAACACUGUAGGAAUUUGAGGUGCUCAAUGAGGAACAAUUGUGAUUAUGGAAGUCUGUUUCAAUGUUACUGAGACUAGACCUAGUUUGGGAGUCUGACUAUGGAAGUCUGUUUCAAUGUCA